AUGGACAGCAAUCAGUUCCUCAUUGAUGACGUGAUGGACUCGGACGACCUCGGGCUCAUUGACGGCUCGUACCCGUUCCUGGCGAACAUGUCCAGUAUGAGUCUGCUGCAGCAGCAAUCACAGAUGCAGCAGCAGCACAACCAGGCGAUGCCACCGAUGCACAAUCAGCGCAGCAAAGGGCCGCUGACGCACAGUAACAUGCCCACAUCGAACCAGUACCUGCACCACAACCAGCAGCAACAGCUCCGGUCUGGCCACAUGUCGCCUGGCCGCAUCGACGUGGACAUGAUGAACCAGAACAACCCAGCGCAGGCAAACCAGUCGUCACUGUUCCAAGCUUACGCGUCUCAAUUUGGCCUCAAGCAACCAACCAUGCAGAUGGAAGGCGGAGUGAACAACAACCAACAUGGAGACACGUCCGUGGAAGCGUACGCCGCGCUCAUGGGGGUGAAACUAGAAAGUCCGCGCUCCAUGCACAAGCAGCAUUACCAGGCAAACGACAUGUCUCGCGCGCAGCUGAACGCCCAGUUCUUUGAAUCGUUUAGCCAGCAAUCCGCCAUGCCGCCGUCGGCUGGCGGUCCGUCGGGCCAUCUCCACGGACAAAACAACAUGACGUCGAUGACCCUUCCUGCUGGCAUUGGCGGUGGCUUCCACAUGAACCACCACCUCCAGGGCCUCGUGCCCGUCGACACCACGAGUGCGGCUGCCCCCGCCCAGCUUCGUGCGGCUGACCACCACGCGUUCGAUGCCAAGCACACGACGGCGGACGCGCUCGUCGACGGCAACGUGCGCAUCAAGGCCGAAAAGUCGUUUCAGUUUGGCGGCGCCGUCGGGUCUCAAACGUUGUCGCCGGAAAUGCUGUCGUCCAUGAUCCAGAGCAACCGGCAAAGCACGGCCGACAUGACGUCGCAGUCGUUUGGCAGUGGUGGCACAUGGAACGCAUCCGACGUCGACUUUGACAAGGACUCGGUCGUGUCCAAGGCUGACAAGAGUCGGGAGCGGAACCGCGACCACUCUCGCAAGUCUCGUCUGCGCAAGAAAGCGUUUGUCGAGUGCCUCAAGACCGAGGUCAAGCAGCUGCAAAUGUACAAGGACUUGUGCGAGCAAAACGCCGACCUCAUUGCCAUGGUGUCGCUCGACCAAGACCGGAAAGUCACGUACUUGACUGCGAGCUACAACCGCGUGCUGGGGUACCAUGAGAAGAAGGUCGUCCAUGACGACGUGAGCAUGUUUGAUCUCAUGCAUCCCGAUGACGUGGCCAGGGUGCGAAGUGAACUCAACCGCGUGACCAAGUACCAAGACAUCCUCGGCGUGCCGUACCAGCCCAAGCACAGCAAAGGCAUGUACUGGAAAGGAGAACUCAACGCGCGCAUGUGUGAUCAAGGCAUCGUGCUAACCACGCGCGUCCAGCGGCAGCCACUCGCCAAAGCAUAG